AUUUCUUUAACGUUCGAAAUGGAAAAUUUACCAAAGGAACUACAAGAAAUGCUAGACAUCGCGGAAAAGUCAGCAAAUGAACAACAGGAGUCACUUACUGCUAUUCAAAGAGAUGUUAUCAACUUUAGAAGAGAAAGCGGUAGGAUUUUCCAAAAUUUUAUGGAUUUGGAAAUUGAACAACUUAAGCAGGAUUUGAAAGCUUUGAAGUUCGUGAAUGAAAGAAAAACAGAAAUAGUUUUCCCUAAUACUUCACAUAUUAUUAAAAAUAUCUUAACGACUAAACCUGAUAAAAGCUUGAUUGAUAAAAAAAUUGCUUUAACCACGAGGGUCAAUGCUCUCUUAAAGUGCCUGCAACUUACUAAUGAAUCAGUCGUCGAAUGACUUAGGAUUUAUCAUUACUUUGAUGUCAUUGUAAACGAUUUCCAAGCAUUGAAGUUGGGGAAAAUCCUCCUGUUAAUAAAGAUUUUUGAAUAAAAAAGGAACCUCCAUCAAAAAAUUUAAAACAAAUGCUCACUUCAAAAAGAACUACGAUUGGGUUCACCAGAAAAAGAUCCUCUUUUAGAAGUAACUGGAGAACAAAAACUAUUUGAUUCUUGAAAAGCAAUAUUUUUAUAAAAAUUACUACAAUAAAAAUGAAUAGUAAAUUUGUGUUUUAUCGACUUACAAAAUAAAUGACUUCGUUUAUCACGAUUCUGUGAAUAUUUUUCAUUGGAAAGAAAACAGAUUUCUUUCUUCCAAAGACAUAAUAAGUUAUUUUCUCGAUUCCAAAAUGUUUGACAACUCUAACAGUUUCCUUUUCAAUUCUUAGGAAUAUUCGGAAAAUACCAUAAAUCGAAGACAAACCAAAUAAUACUUUUAAAAUGAAAAUUUUUCCAUUCAAAAUAUUGAUGUAUGCUAGGAGAGCAAUUAUUGAUACCAGAGUAAUAAAUAAGUUUAUGUUUACAUAUUUCGAUUUCUUCUUAUUUUCAAUUGUUAUUUCAGCGUAAUUGAGUGAUUCAUCUUUUAUGACAGAAAGCUUGAAAUUAUGCUUAAAAGAAAUCAUUUUCAAUCAUUUAAAAAUUCGCUAUGGAUGAUGGUUAAAGAUUCUUUACUGACUAAUAUGUAAUCUAAAUAUUUGAUUAUGCUUUUAUUUUAUUUUUUUUAUUUAUUC